CAUUCAUCCAGAGAAGCUACGUCGGCUACCAGGCUGCCCGUCCACCAGUACAGCCCGAGUACUGUGGUUCGUAGUCGUCUUGUUGUCGUGUAUUUAUGCUCGUCCGUACAGCAGCAGCGUGGCCCUCGACGACCAGAACCCCAUGGACAACUUUUCCUACAAGGACGGCAUUCGUGCUGCAUUCGCCUCGUGCUGCUCAUGUUUUACCGCGGCCUCAUCUUCGAAUACGACCGGGCAGUCUUCCAACACGCCCAUUUCCCGUUCCAACACCCCGGGUUCAAACGACCUCGAACACCUUUUGAGAGACACAGACUCGGACGCUCUGUCGUUGCACUCUAACAUCGGUGCUUCCCCUCGUCGAAGAGCAAGGCAACGUAGACGUCCCAAAUUCUCCCUUACACUCUUCGGAUACACUCUUGUUGGGCGUCCCCCAAUAUACUUAUCGGAUGACGAGGACGAAGGAACCCAAGGCCGGCACAGGGCCCUCACCACCACAUCCUCCUUUACGUUCGACUCCGACGCUGCACCUGUGGAUGCCAUCACUAUCGAGCGCUUGACAUCACCGGAUCAUCAUGAAGCUAUUCAGAGAGAGCUGGAAGUGCGCAGGCGAGAGGAACAGGAACGGGCAACUCGGAGGGCCCAACGUAGGGCUCGUCGCGAGGAACGUAAAGCCAAUGCCCACGCUUCUGCAUUAAUGGCACUCACCAGCGGAGUGCCCGCAGAAGACGAUGAGUUCGAGGGAUCCCAGGGCAGCAGUGCUGUCCCGAGCUUCGGCGGCGUAGAGGUGGUGUACCCGACGGACACUGGGUCAAACUCUGGCGACGCAGACGACGCAGACUUGGGAGCAGAGGCGUAUGUACGAAGGAAAGGGCCGGCGCACGGACGCAACGGGUCAACCUCAGACUCGAAAUCGCGCACAUCAGCCUCUGUCUCCACUGGAGAUGGUAGUCACGCCCAAGGCAAUAUUCUCGCCGUCUCCCAAUCCGUCCCCUAUUCCCAAACUGUGAUGCAACUCCCAGAUUUACCAAAGAAGUCUCGUCGGUCAUCCAAGAGAGCUUCUAUCAUGUCCUCGUCCACAACCUCCCAGUCCACUUCUAACGCACCAUAUACACCCCCGUCUCAUGCCGAGUACGUCCCCGCAUCACCCCCUGUUGCCUCAUUCCCUAUACCACAGGAAAGGGAGGCAGGAUCUUAUGUGCGCAAUCCAAAGAGAGGCAACCAAGAUUUCCCCAUUACGGGUUUAUCUGGUAGCAGGAGACCGAAGUCAAAAGAUAUUGGAGCUUUUUUGUCAAGUAUGAAUGACGAUUAGGGAGACGUUAUGCUACUUUUACUCCUCCGUGACCACAGUGUGUCUGAUAUUCUACCUCGUUCAUCUGGAUGUCUCCAUUUUAUACGGAUACCUUACAUCCCUCUUUACUACUUGUAUGGCUCUCGUACAGAGUGUAUCCUACUAUCAACCUUUCCCUGCGUUGAUGUCAUGGGUGAUACAUCGAUGAUAUAUCCAUUAGGUCGCUGGUUCCGGGAGUGGCGGGAGUUUCACUUCAGUGCACGAACCAAUGGCUCUCUUCCACAAAGCGUUCGUCUCUGUCAU